AUGGAUCAACGCUUCCCACUUCCCUUGGGAGCCUUGGCGCCAUGAUGCCCGCCAUGGGGCCGACGUUCCCGCGCGCGGUUCCGCGCCUGCGCCUGGCCGGGGCGAAGAGGUGGACGAGGUGGACGGCGUGUGCUCGCGGAACCGCGCUGGCAUCGGGCGUGUGCCUCUCUCUUCAUCCACUUCGACCUGCAGGCCGCUGCUUCCUCCGCUCGCGCGUGGCUCGGUGCGCGGCGAGGAAGACGGCGGUGCUCAUGGACGGGGACGGCCAGGGGGUCCGCGAGUUCCGGGCAGCCUGGAAGGCCUUGGCAGAGCGUUUGGAGCUCGUGUACCUUGGGGUCUUCGCGGCUGAAGAGCGGCUGCGGCGCCCUGAUUGGCAACAGUUCUUGCGCGAGUCUGGAGCUGAGCCUGUUGCGGUGCCACCGGGUCCGCGGCGCCCCACCGGGACCCGGUCCGCGCCGUUUGGCACGGCGAUGGGCUCUGCGGCGGUGCGGUGGUCUAAGUCUACCUAUGUUGCCUUGAUGCCCUCAGAGCGUGCGGGACGACCAGAAAGCCCCCACGAUGCCAAUAUGGACGUGGAUUUUGUGGAGUUGGUCCAGUGGCUCCUCGGAACCGACGCGGAGGUCCUCGCGGUCUUGUUAGAAGGCCCUGCCUUCCGCUGUCCCGAGUCCGUGGGCCUCUCAAAGCAGUUCGCCCGCUUGGGCGCGGAGGUCUUUUGGGUUGAGGUGAAAUGGUUCGGCUUCCGCUCGCCGCUGAUGCGCGCGGUGCUGGAGCCGCCACAACCGGCGAGCGCCGGAGUCGGUGGCUUCGUGGAGUCCAUCCCUGAGGAGGAGCAGCGUGGACCGCUGCCCGACAUCACGGCCUUGGUGGCUCGGCUCCUGGAGCUGGGCUUCAUGACCACCCCCCGCGACGCCAUCGCGCCGGCCAUCGCGAGGUUCUGGUUCCAGAACCCUACACAUCCACCGUCAGCCCUGACAGUUUGGCCAGCACAAUAUCCGUUGCACCAGCUGAAGGAUCGCCUCAGAUGCGACGCGGAGACCGUCGCCGAAAGGCCGAGCCCGAGCCCGUCACGUGGGGAGAUGGCCUUUGUGAUGCCGGUGGGCAGUAAGGGGAAAGCCACUAAGGAGGUCAUUGCAAAGUAUGGCACGGCCGACUGCCGCUCCAUUUCAUUGGGAGGUGGGCCAUUCCUCCUGGCGGAUUCCCCACAGUUGUGUGAGGAGAUCCUGCGCCGACUAGGCUAUUUGGACGACGAGCUGAACAGUGAGCUAGACGAAGCGGUGGCCCUUUUUUGCGAUGGCACUGCCAACAGGCGCACCUUGCAAGUGGCUGGGGAAGCGCCCUUGGAUGCAGGUGCACGAGGGGAUUUUUGUUCCUGUGGCCGGCUAGGGCAGGCCGUGGCUCCCCGACAUGAUUCAAUUAUAAUGCUUGGACAUGAUCCACUAUUCACCCAUAUGCCUUGGCCAGCACUGUUGGACAAAAUGAAACUGUGGCUGGGGUAGCUAAGGUCCGUGUUUCCAUUGGAUCUUGCACCAGAACUGACCAGAUGGCCACUUCACCUGCUUCUCACCUCGUUCUGGGGGCAUGUCUGAGCAUGUCCACCGGUUGUGCGCUACAUGGACCAGAUUCCCCCAACUCAGCUGGUUCUGUCCAUCCGAGACGUCUAAGCCUUGUUGGAUAUAUUAUUUGAUAUCAAGAUGCGAAGAAUUUCCAUCGCUUCGUCGCUUCCCAAACUGGCCCAAGCAAUCCUGUUUCGGCUUGAGCA